AGAAGGACAGCGAAGAAAAGCGAUUGCCAAAUGUUUGUCCUUUCUGAUUCUGACAUUAUUUCUUCAAAACAUUGAUAGCUAGCUGCUUCUGGCAUGCAAUAUACACCCAGCUCCUCAGCCAUGAUCUCUGAUGCCCCGUAAAACAAGAAAAAAAGAUUUGCCAAACUCACAGAAGCCGCCUCUGUUGUUUUUUGAGCCACCACUUGAUGGCGCCAGAUACCACACCGUGCCUCAAGUGAGAGGCGCACUCAAUCCCAAGUCUUUUCUGUUUGAGGAGCAACGACAGAGCAGCAGCACAGCCUGUUGUUCUUGGGUGAGUCCACAGUUUGAUCAACUACCGCCCCCUGCACCCAGAGGAAGGCGAGGGAGGAAGAAGUGCCUCUCUGCAACAAGCAUUCUUGACAGGAGUUCUCAAUUAUCCAGAAAAAGUAGUGUUUGCAAGUUCCAAUCCUUAUCCUUUCAGAGAAGGUCAACCGCCCAAGUUCUCCAUCAAAAGCAUGCAUGUGGAAAGAAAGCUGUAGAAUAUGCUGUUGGGGCCCAUGAGGAUCAGCAGGGCUUGCAAGUGCAUAAGAUCGGUUCUCUAAGUACCGAGUACCUAAGUAACCAAGAUGAAACGGAGACACCAAAACUGAGAACUUCUCUCAGGAAAGGGACAGCUGAGAGGAGAGGGUUGUCAGAGGUAACACCUGAAGGUGCAGCAUCAACCUCCAGCAGAUGUGUGGAACCCCUUAGAACGUCAGUUGCCAGACAUGACACGAGCCCAGCGUCAUGCUCUGCUUGGACUCCUGCCUCAGUAACACACCAUACCCCAGGAACGGACAAUGUCUUCUCCCCACCUGAUGUAGAGACUCCAGAGUUACACCAUGAUGGUAGUUCCUCCUCUAUCUCCUUUCUUCGCCUCCUGUUGCCUGUGUCACAGCCGUUGACCCCGCCACACACCGUGACUUCAGAGAUUUUAGCAACAGACACCCCAGAGAGGGACUAUGGAGUCAAGGUUACAUGGAGGAGGAGGAAAGGGUUGAUGAGGUUGCUGAGGGACCGAGGUCAACUUACAAGUGCUGAGGCACUGAUUAGCAUCUAAUCAACUUAACUGUAAAUGUUGACAUUUUAUUAUCAUGUUCUGCAAUUAACACUGAAUUGUAGUUAACAUUGUAGUUAACACCACAUUAAUAAAUUGGUCCACUGAUUGAAAGUGAUAUGUUGCAAUGACCAUAAUAUUAUUGAGUCCUCUUAAUUGUUUUGCUGCUCAGGUUAACUUGGCAUGUUGUCCAUGUGCAGUUGGUAGUUCAGCGCCCGUUAUGGAUGUGGCUCUAUCUAGCUUCUUGUUUUCUUUGUACCCUGGGUCCACAUUAAAUCUUUUUUGAAAUA